AUGGAGAGGCUGAGACUGCUUCAACUCGAUUUUGUCCAUUUAAGUGGAAGUUACCAAUCUCUCUCUGGUAUACUUGUAUGGCUAUCUUGGAAAGGGUUCUCUUUGAAAUGUGUACCACCAACCUUAAUUAUGGAUAAUUUGGUUGCCAUUGACUUGAGCUAUAGCAAGCUCAAACAAGUUUGGAGAGGAACUAAGGUUUUGGGCAAAUUAAAAUACCUUUAUCUCAGUUAUUCAUGUUUCUUGAUCAAAACUCCGGACUUCAUGGGGUUCACCAGUCUUGAGAAAUUGUUGCUUAAUGGUUGUACAAAGCUGGUAGAGGUUCACCAAUCAAUUGGACGUUUGGAAAAUCUUCUUGUCUUGGAUUUGAAUAACUGCCAGAAUCUUGAGAAGAUUCCCCUUACCAUUUUCAUGUUGAAGUCUGUCAUUGAAGUCAAUCUGUCGGGCUGCUCCAAAUUACAGUGGCCAACAUACUUUCAAAGAUGGCCACUUGAAUCAAGCUUCUCGUCGUUACAAUUAUCAAGUAGCCUCAGGAAAAUAGUUAUGAACGACUGCAAUAUAACACAUGUGCCCAUCGAAAUUGGUAGAUUGAUGUCCUUGGAAUAUUUGAAUCUUAGCAGAAACAAAUUUUCCAACCUACCAGCUACCAUCUCUACCCUUCCGCUACUGAAGGUCCUCCAGUUAGACGAUUGUGGUCGGCUUGAAUCUAUUGGGGACCUUGCAGUAAAUUUAUUGCGAUUGCGUGUACACUGCUGCGCAUUGCAAAGCAUAUCAAUGGAAUCAGAAGCUGGAGAAGCAGAAUUCAUGACUUGUUACCAUUGUCCCAUAUUAGUCAACAACAAUUUGGCAUAUAAUUUUAGAAGAAAUAUACUCCGUCAUCCGGGACUGCGAGAAAUAGGUCAGUAUAGUAUUGUUGUUCCCGGGAGUGAGAUUCCGAGGUGGUGCAACUACCAGAGUGAUGGAAAUGUUAUAAGUUUUCGGGUGCCUCAGCUCGCGGGUCGGAUAUUACAAGGCUAUAUUCUCUGUGUUGCUUUUUCUGGCAGCUGGAAAGAAUAUCUUGGCUCCCAAAAACACACUCGCUCGUUUAACAUUGUAUGUGAGUUUUUAAAUAAAACCAUGAUGUUUACAUAUCAAUUUGAAGCACAAAUAGUUGGUUUUGAUCAUUUAAGAAUUGAAGAUCAUCCGAGAGUUGAAGAUCAGAUGUGGCUCACCUACGUACCAAACCAGUUACAUUAUCUAUGGCGUUGCUUGCAUAAUUAUAUGUUGUACAGUGGAGAUGAAAUGGAGAUAACAGUAAGAGACCAAUGUAAUGGCUGGUCGGUGAACAAGUGUGGGGUUUGUCUGGUUUACAAGGACGAUGAGAAGGAUCCCAAUUAUGAUGCCGCCUCACUUCACCCAAUCACUAUUGCUUCAGAGUUCCCUCCAGUUGAUGAAAAUGAGCUUGUGAUAAAGUCGACAACUUAUGGAAUUCUCUGUGAGGCUCAUAUUUUUAACCAUCCAUGGUAUACUAGGAUUGUAAAGGAUUAA